GCUACCAUGUCUCUGCUGUGCGUCGGAGUCAAAAAAGCCAAGUUUGAUGGCCCUCAAGAAAAAUUCAACACCUACGUGACCCUCAAAGUGCAGAAUGUGAAGAGUACCACAAUUGCAGUGCGAGGGAACCUUCCGUGCUGGGAGCAAGAUUUCAUGUUUGAGAUCAAUCGUCUGGACCUCGGGUUGACAGUGGAAGUGUGGAACAAAGGACUUAUCUGGGAUACCAUGGUGGGCACAGUUUGGAUCCCCCUACGCACAAUUCGGCAAUCCAAUGAGGAAGGCCCAGGGGAGUGGAUCACCCUCGACUCUCACGUCAUCAUGACCGACAACGAGAUCUCGGGGACCAAGGAUCCCACCUUCCACCGCAUCCUCUUGGAUACCCGCUUUGAACUGCCACUCGAUAUCCCUGAAGAAGAAGCCCGUUAUUGGGCAAAAAAACUGGAGCAGCUCAAUGCCAUGCGAGACCAGGAUGAUUAUUCGUUCCGGGAAGAGCAAGAGAAGCCCCUUCCAGUGCCGGGCUCACAGUGCUGCAACUGGAAUUAUUUUGGCUGGGGAGAUCAACAAAAUGAUGACCCCGACAGCACCGUGGAUGACCGGGACAGCGACUACCGCAGCGAGACCAGCAAUAGCAUUCCGCCCCCCUACUACACCACCUCCCAGCCCAACGCAUCAGUCCACCAAUACCCCAUGCGCCACCAGCACCGAGCUUCCCACGACUCCUACCCAGAGAACUACGAGAUGGACUACUCAGACCAUCGGCCAAUCAGCCCCACGGGGAGCAGCCGGUAUGCCUCGUCGGCCGAGUUGAGUCAAGGGAGUUCCCAGCUUAGCGACGACUUUGACCCUGAAGACAUUAGUCUACAAGGUUCAGAGUUAGACGAGCGGGAUGGGGACUCUUAUCACUCCUGCCACAGCUCGGUGAGUUACCACAAAGACUGGGAUGAAGAGGAGGAGGACCUCUCUUUGGAAGAGGACAAAUUCAGCGACGAGUACAGCGACAACGAGGAGUAUUACCCCGAGGAUGAGAUACCAGAAGCCCCACUGCAGGAGACCCCGCAAGUCUCUCCACCCCAGCAGAAGCCACAACAGGUACAGGUGCAGCAACAGAAACCGCAACAGGCCCAAUCGCUGCCCCAGAAGUCGCCGCAAGCUCAACCGCCGCCCCCGCAGCCGGCGCCACUAAAGCAGCAGCCGCCGCCGCAGAAAGCACAGCCGCCACCGCAGCAAGCGCAACUAAAACAGCAGCAGCAACAGAAGCCGCUGCCGUUGCAGCAGCAGAAGCCACCACCAGCUCAGCCGCCCCCCCAGGCGCAACAAAAGCCGCCUCCGCCGCAGGUGCAACUAAAGCAGCAGCCGCCGUUGCAGCAAAAGAUGCAGCCGCCGCAACUGCCGCCGCAACUGCCGCCGCAGCAGCAGGCGCAGCAGAAACCCCAACCCUUGCAGCAGCAGGAACAGAAAGGGGAGAAGGUGGACGAAGCUCUCCCCGUCCCUCCGGAGGAGCUACCUGUGGAGGAGGCUUCAGCCAAGGAAAAAGAGCAAGAGGAAAAAACCCCUGAAACGGAGGAGAGGGAGAAAGAACCAGAGAUCGUAGUGGACCCUAAAGCACGGGCGAAAGCCAACUGGUUACGAGCAUUCAACAAAAUCACCAUGCAGCUUCAAGAGGCCCGAGGUGAAGGAUCCGGAGAAUCCAAAUCUCUGUGGUUUAAAGGCGGGCCUGGAGGAGGGUUGAUCAUAAUUGAUAGCAUGCCCGAUAUACGCAAGAGAAAACCCAUUCCCCUAGUUAGCGAUUUGGCCAUGUCCUUGGUCCAGUCCAGGAAAGCUGGUAUCACGUCAGCACUCGCAUCGAGCACUUUAAACAAUGAAGAGCUAAAAAACCAUGUUUACAAGAAGACCCUUCAAGCCUUAAUCUACCCCAUCUCUUCCACAACCCCCCACAACUUUGAGGUGUGGACGGCCACCACGCCCACCUACUGCUACGAGUGUGAGGGCUUGCUGUGGGGCAUUGCACGCCAAGGGAUGCGGUGCACCGAGUGCGGGGUGAAAUGCCACGAGAAGUGCCAAGAUCUCCUCAACGCGGACUGCCUGCAAAGAGCGGCAGAGAAAAGUUCUAAGCACGGAGCCGAGGAUCGGACGCAGAAUAUCAUCAUGGUGCUGAAAGAUCGCAUGAAGAUCCGGGAACGCAAUAAACCGGAGAUCUUUGAGCUGAUCCAGGAGAUCUUCGCUGUCUCCAAGACCACUCACACCCAGCAGAUGAAGGCCGUCAAGCAGAGCGUGUUGGAUGGCACCUCCAAGUGGUCAGCCAAGAUCAGCAUCACAGUCGUUUGUGCGCAAGGCCUGCAGGCGAAGGACAAGACGGGUUCCAGCGAUCCAUAUGUCACGGUCCAGGUUGGGAAGACCAAAAAGAGAACGAAAACCAUCUAUGGCAACUUGAACCCAGUCUGGGAGGAGAACUUCCAUUUCGAAUGCCAUAACUCUUCCGACCGAAUCAAAGUCCGUGUCUGGGAUGAAGACGAUGACAUCAAGUCGAGAGUGAAGCAGCGUUUCAAGAGAGAGUCCGACGACUUCUUGGGCCAGACGAUUAUCGAAGUGCGGACUCUGAGCGGGGAGAUGGACGUCUGGUACAACCUCGAUAAGCGGACGGACAAGUCAGCCGUAUCUGGCGCCAUCCGGCUGCACAUCAGUGUGGAGAUCAAAGGCGAGGAGAAAGUGGCACCGUACCACGUGCAAUACACCUGCCUUCAUGAGAACCUCUUUCAUUUUGUGACGGACAUCCAAAACAAUGGCGUUGUAAAAAUUCCAGAUGCCAAGGGCGAUGACGCUUGGAAGGUUUAUUUCGAUGAGACAGCCCAAGAGAUUGUGGAUGAGUUUGCCAUGAGAUAUGGGGUGGAGUCCAUCUACCAGGCCAUGACGCACUUUGCCUGUCUCUCCUCCAAAUACAUGUGCCCUGGGGUGCCAGCUGUUAUGAGCACCCUCUUGGCCAACAUCAAUGCUUACUAUGCUCACACCACUGCCUCCACCAACGUCUCUGCCUCUGACCGUUUUGCUGCUUCCAAUUUCGGGAAAGAACGGUUUGUCAAAUUGCUGGACCAGCUACACAAUUCUCUUCGGAUCGAUCUCUCCAUGUACCGGAACAACUUCCCUGCCAGCAGCCCGGAACGGCUGCAAGACCUCAAAUCGACCGUGGACCUCUUGACCAGCAUCACCUUUUUCCGGAUGAAGGUUCAAGAACUCCAGAGUCCGCCACGAGCCAGUCAGGUGGUAAAAGACUGUGUGAAGGCCUGCCUCAACUCAACAUAUGAGUACAUCUUCAACAACUGCCAUGAACUCUACAGCCGCGAGUACCAGACUGACCCGACCAAGAAGGGAGAAGUACCGCCAGAGGAACAAGGCCCCAGCAUCAAGAAUCUGGAUUUCUGGUCCAAACUUAUCACCUUGAUAGUGUCGAUCAUUGAGGAAGACAAGAACUCAUACACACCCUGCCUCAAUCAGUUCCCUCAAGAGCUGAACGUGGGAAAGAUCAGCGCCGAAGUGAUGUGGAACCUUUUCGCUCAGGAUAUGAAAUAUGCAAUGGAAGAGCAUGACAAGCAUCGUCUGUGCAAGAGCGCCGACUACAUGAAUUUGCACUUUAAGGUGAAGUGGCUGUAUAAUGAAUACGUCACCGACCUCCCUUCCUUCAAGACCCGGGUCCCCGAAUAUCCUGCGUGGUUUGAGCCUUUUGUCAUACAGUGGCUGGAUGAAAAUGAGGAAGUCUCGCGAGAUUUCCUACAUGGAGCGCUGGAACGAGACAAAAAGGACGGGUUCCAGCAAACGUCAGAGCAUGCCCUUUUCUCCUGCUCCGUGGUGGAUGUCUUCUCCCAGCUGAACCAGAGCUUUGAGAUCAUCAAAAAACUGGAGUGCCCUGAUCCGCAGAUCGUGGGUCACUACAUGCGCAGGUUUGCCAAGACCAUCAGUAACGUCUUGCUGCAGUACGCCGAGAUCAUCUCAAAGGAUUUUGCUUCCUACUGCUCCAAAGAGAAGGAGAAAGUGCCCUGCAUCUUGAUGAACAACAUUCAACAACUUCGCGUCCAGCUGGAGAAGAUGUUCGAGGCCAUGGGAGGGAAAGAGCUGGACACAGAGGCCAGCGACAUCCUCAAAGAGCUCCAAGUGAAACUGAACAACGUCUUGGAUGAGCUGAGCCGGGUGUUUGCCACCAGUUUCCAGCCCCAUAUCGAGGAAUGUGUGAAGCAGAUGGGGGAUAUCCUAAGUCAGGUGAAGGGCACGGGAAACGUCCCCGCCAGCGCGUGCAGCAGUGUGGCUCAGGAUGCUGACAACGUGUUGCAGCCCAUCAUGGACCUCCUGGACAGCAACCUGACCCUCUUUGCCAAGAUCUGUGAGAAGACGGUCUUGAAACGAGUGCUGAAGGAGCUUUGGAAACUGGUCAUGAACACCAUGGAGAAGACCAUUGUGCUUCCCCCUCUCACGGAUCAAACGAUGAUUGGGACACUCUUGCGAAAGCAUGGCAAGGGGACAGAGAAGAGCAGGGUGAAAAUCCCCAGUCACACAGAAGGUACGCAAAUGAUCUUCAACGCAGCCAAGGAGCUGGGGCAGCUGUCAAAACUCAAGGACCACAUGGUGCGAGAAGAAGCCAAGAGUUUGACCCCCAAGCAGUGUGCCGUGGUGGAGCUUGCCCUGGACACCAUCAAGCAAUAUUUCCAUGCCGGAGGAGUUGGACUCAAGAAAACUUUCUUGGAGAAGAGUCCUGACCUCCAGUCGCUCCGCUACGCGCUCUCUCUUUACACCCAAGCCACAGACCUGCUCAUCAAAACCUUUGUCCAGACUCAGUCCGCUCAGGGGUCCGGUGUGGAUGACCCCGUCGGAGAAGUCUCCAUCUACGUCGAACUGUUCACCCAUCCUGGGACAGGAGAGCACAAAGUCACCGUCAAAGUGGUGGCCGCCAAUGACCUCAAGUGGCAGACCUCGGGCAUCUUCCGUCCCUUCAUCGAGGUCAACAUCAUCGGGCCGCACCUCAGCGACAAGAAGAGGAAAUUCGCCACCAAAUCGAAAAACAACAGCUGGUCUCCCAAAUACAACGAAAGUAUCCAGUUCGCCUUGGGAACGGAGACGGGGCCGGAGUGCUACGAGCUGCAGGUCUGCGUGAAGGAUUAUUGCUUUGCCCGGGAAGACCGCACGGUGGGCAUUGCCAUCCUCCAGCUGAAAGACAUCAUGCAGCGGGGCAGCUGUGCCUGCUGGCUGCCUCUCGGACGGCGCAUCCACAUGGACGACACGGGGCUGACGGUCCUGCGCAUCCUCUCCCAGCGCAACAACGACGAGGUGGCCAAGGAGUUCGUCAAGCUGAAGUCGGACACGCGCUCCGCCGAGGAGGGCAGCAGCUAAGGCCCUUUCCCCCUCCCUCUGUCCUUCCCUCUACCCACAUGCUGCUAGAAUCACC